CGGUGUGUCAUGCUGUUCAUCUUCCUCUCCAUGCUGGUCAUCAUUGUGUAUUAUGAGGAGACCUCGGGCAAUACUGGGUUUGAGAACUUCAUGGACAGUCAGAGCUACGGUGUCAAAUUCUUUUUCACUGCACUGGGUGUCGUCCUUGGUUAUUGUAUGGAGACGGUGUUCCGAUGCGUGGCCAUCAUGUCCCCCUACCUCAAACUCCGCGACCGCGCCCUCCCAGCCCAACAAUCGAUCCUCCUCUCCCCACCAACCAACGCCUUCUACGGCCUCUGGUCCGCCUACCGCCAGCGCCACCUCUACCUGGCCUUCCUCUCCUUCGUCACCCUCCUCGCCGAGCUCUGCCUUCCCGUCACCCUCUCCCACGUGCCCUUCAGCGCCGUCGAGACCUACAUGACGCAGGUGGUCUGCACCUGGCUCAGCGCCGCCAUCCUGGCGCUGAUGAGCAGCACUCUGCUCCUCUCCUUCUUCGUGCGCUGGCCGCACAUGCCCGUGGACCCGCGCACGGUGGCCGGCGCCAUGUUUUAUGUGUGCGACUCGUGGAUGCUGGACUCGCUCGAGGGCAUGUCGGUGCUGGAUAAGCCUGGGCGGGACUGGAGCGUGAGGUCUAUGCGACAUAGGUAUGGGUAUGGGUUUAUCAAUGGGAUGAGUGGGAAGAGCAGGAUUGGGGUGGAU